AUGUCGAAUCGCCUGGCUUUCAGUGUCGGCUUGGAAGGCGAAGACUCGGCGCCACAUGCCUCGUCUCGGCCUUGGCCUUGGCUUUGCUUGGGACUAUGCUUUCCCGUGGCAUGGUUUGGCCGAGUGCAGCCACCAUGGUUUGCUAGCGAGCCGAGGUGGCAUGGCGAUACGGACGGGAACGGUAUCCAGAGAAUAGAUGUGGCGUGCACCACGGUCUCGGGGCUUGGUGUGGGGUCGCGGCCUCGAAAAGGUUCGCUUGAUGCUCGCGGGCAAUGGAAUGCGCCUUGCAAGCUGGCGGAGAGCUGGGCGCUGUCGGCGUUUCAACUGGCCAGCUCGGUCGCUGUAGCAAGCCGUGUCUAUCUCGAGGCGCUGGGCGGCUAUGAUCCACCAAUCACAAGCCAAGCCCUCCCGCCACGUCCGCAUGGGCCUCGUACGGAAUCCAGCGCGCCGGUGCGGCGGCAAAACGCCACCCGAACCAACCAGGGUCCAAAACCUCAGCCACCCUACUUGGGUCCCGACCCCUGA